AUGGGCCCAGACUUCAAAGAGGCCAUAAGGAAGGAAUUGCAUGAUCUCCUCCGACGAGGCACUUGGAGACUGGUCAAACGUGAAAAAGCACAGGGACCGCCUCUUCCACUGAAGUGCAAAGCUCGGAUCUGCGUCCGUGGCGACCUGCAGGACGAGGACGACGGACGGGAGACAUAUGCAGCCACACUUGCAGCAAAAACCUUCAGAAUCGUGAUGGCAAUCGCAGCCCGAUUCGAUCUUGACGUUAGACAAUUCGACGUUAGUAACGCCUUCCUAUACAGCGACAUAAAGAAGGACCACCCCGUCUACGUCCGGCUCCCGCAAGGCUUCGCUUUGUAUGGUCUUCGAGAGUCUCCACUGCUUUGGUACAAUGAGAUCUCCCAGGCGCUCAAGGAGGCAGGGAUUGACCGUACGGAUGAAGAACCUUGCGUAUUCACCAACGGCAAAAUCCUGGCUCUUGUCUAUGUCGACGACAUCUUGAUUCUCAACCCACGGCAAGAGAAGAAGGCUGUAAACGACCUUGUACAACAUCUCCAAUCCAAAUACGAUUUGCGCGAGGAAGAGUUCAAGUGGUAUCUUGACGCGUACAUCGAGAAAAUUGCGCGAAAGUUCAAGCUCAGCGACUUGAAACUCCGAGUACCAUCAAUCCCCAUCGCGACGAUCCCGCUCGUCAAGUACAACGGGCAGGCUACCAAGGAAGAGAUAAAGGCGUAUCAGGAACGAGUUGGAUCCUUGAUGUACAUCGCGGUCAUGACCAGACCCGAUAUAGCACGAGCAGCAGCCCAGCUCGCGAGGUUCCUGACAAACCCAUCGCCUGAACACCUUGAAGCCGCAAACCAAUGCAUCCGUUACCUCUAUUCAACGAGAUUCUUGGCGAUCGUGUACGAUGGAGCGUACGAGGGAGGUACUUGUGAUCGCAAGCGACGCGUCAUUUGGAGAUGA